AUGUCUAUUGCUGCCGAUAAGGCCCUGCAGGUGUGCAAGCAAGCGCAAGAAAGCCAGGGCGGUAGAAGCGGCAGCCAGCCGCGGGCAAAAAAGGUCCAGCGCACCGCAAGCCACAGGCCAAGCGGCAAACCAGCGGCGACAAGAGCAGCAGACUCGCAGUCUGAGGGAACAUGGCAGAGCAUGCGACAGGGGAUGGCAGGAAAGCCUUCUCGUUGGUGCAUCGAGACCGGCACCAAGGGCCAAUACUAG